AUGAAUAGCUGGAAGAACAAGUUGCUCAGCCAAGGUGGGAAGGAAGUAUUAUUGAAGGCAGUGUCCAUGGCAAUGCCAGUCUAUAUAAUGUCCUACUUUAAGCUGCCAAACAAACUUUGUAAAGAAGUGUCUUCCAUGUUUGCUAACUACUGGUGGGGUGAAGCUGAAGGGAGAAAUAAGAUGCAUUGGUGCUUAUGGGGGAGAUUGACUAAGGAGAAACAAGAGGGAGGAAUGGGAUUCAAGGACCUGCAGAACUUUAACAAAGCCUUGCUAGCUAAACAGGUAUGGAGACUGAUUUCCAAACCAAACUUAUUAGUUAGUAAGGUCAUGAGAGCAAAGUACUACCAUAAGGACUCAAUCUUUAAGUGCAAGGUCCCUAAGUGUGCUUCGUGGAUUUGGCAAAGCCUGAUGAAUGUUAGAGAUUUUGUGCAAAAUGGAACUAGGAAGAAGAUAGGCAAUGGCAAGGCAACCAACAUUUGGAAGGACAACUAG